AUGAGUGGAGAAGCAGCUGAGAAGAAGAGUGAACCGCCACCGUCCAAGAUCGAGGCUUUGGACGGCUCCAACUAUGAGGAAUGGAGCGGGCGGAUGCGGAGCGCUUUCAAGCGCUACAAGCUGCUCAAACUUGCGAUGGGAGAAGAGAAGAUGCCGGAGGAAGGUGAUGCCCGCGACCGAUGGAUUGAGCGGAGCGCGGUGUUGUACGACUUGAUUCUACAGUUGGUCAACAAUGAUAUGUUUCAGCACAUCAAGGAUUUGGUGGAGCUGGACGACUCCGGACCGAAGGCGUGGAAGCUUCUACGCGAUGUGGUGCAGCCCAACAUGCUGCCGAUGGUGAUUGUGCUCGAGAAGGAGCUGGCGGCGCUCUCCAUGCGAUCGGGAGACGACGUGAAGCCGGUCCUUGACAAGAUCAAGGACACAUAUGCGAGGAUGGCAGCGGCGGGCAGCAAGGUGUCGGAGAUGCAGCAGUGCACCAAGAUCAUCUCAGUGCUCGACAACUCGUGGGACAACCUCAUCCCCACCCUCAACGUUCAGCAGGACAAAUGGACGCCUGAGUGGCUACGGCAGCAGAUCCUGCAGGAGGACUUCCGCAGGCGCCACACAGGAGGUGGUGCUGCCAACAAAACUGCUGAGGGGUACGGAGCUGCAGGAGGCAGCCGAGGAAGAGGGGGAGGGAGAGGCCGAGGCCGUGGGAGAGGCUUUGGCAGAGGAAGAGGCCGAGGUGACUACAACGAGGGGCAUGGAAGCUCUGGUGGCAGGGGGAGCACCCGAAUGGAGGGUGCGUGCUGGUACUGCAAGAAGGCUGGACACCCGUGGUUCAAGUGUUUCAGCCGGCCUGAAGGAUGGGCGCCUCCAGGCAUGAAGCCGCCGAGUGGUGAACGCGCACGAGGUGGCGCUGUGCAAGGUUCAGGUGCACAAGGUGAUGGUGCACAAGGUAAAGCUGACCCUGGGUUGUUCCUCAUGGUUGAGGAUGUGAAAGUGAGUGAGGAUGAUGUGGGUUCGGUUGGGAAGGUUGUGAUGCACCCCCUCACUCACUGGGUGAUCGAUUCAGGUUGCACGAGUCACAUGACUCCGCGGGCAGAUUUGCUCGAUGAGGUGAUGGGAGCCAAUGGGGGACUUGUGGGACUGGGAAAUGUGCUACUGGUUGAAGGCUUGUCCGCUAACCUCCUCUCUGUGCGCCGGCUGCAAAAAAGCAAGGCCAAGGUUACAUUCGGCCCAACCAGCUGCCGUGCAAAGCUUGGGAAGUUGCUGCUGUGGGAUUUGGAGGAGAAGAGCAGCUGCAUUAAGGACUUGUGGCAGCUGCCCAUCAUCCCUUGGAAUGGGAAACCACCAGCAACGGCAAAGGCAGCGGCAGCGGCUAAGGCAACUGCGGGAGGAGAGGAGACUGCACCAACUGCUGGGGCCCUGGAUGCAGUCAAGAAGGUGCAGCAGCCAAAGCAAUCACAUGGUGAGGUGCUUGCUGGUGUGGAUGCGACAGCUGCGUGGGCGAAGGCUUCGUCUGGGAGUGGUGAGGCCGAUUGGGAGACGUGGCACGAGAGGCUGUGCCACAUCAACAUACCGAUGCUGCAGAAGCUAGUGAAGGAUGGGAGUUUGAAGGGGCUGGAGGUGAAAGGGGCAGCAAAGGAGAUUGGGAGCUGCCCUACGUGCCUUGAGACAAAAUUCACCAAGUUCCCGUUCAACAGCAGCACGGGACCAGCCAAGGCACCACUCGCGCUUGUGCACAUGGACGUGGUGGGGCCCACGAGGGCCACUUCGCUCUCGGGCAGCCGCUACUUCUUGACCAUCGUGGACGACCACACGCGUGCGUGGAUGCCGAGAGCUCAAAGGGAGAGCGGACACAAAGUGAAGGUGAUCCGCACUGACAACGGGGGAGAGUUCAUUGGCGCUGUUUUUGAGGCGGUGCUGAAGAAGAAGGGGAUUCAGCAUCAGCUUACAGUGCCCUACAACCCUCAGCAGAAUGGCGUGGCUGAGCGGUUCAACCGGACCCUGCAGGAAGGUGCUCGCACUCUCCUUGGGCGUGCAGGGUUGCCGGAUCCGUUUUGGGUGACUGCACUACGGCAGGUCGUUGUGGUGAAGAACAGGGUGCUCGCGACUGUGGGGGACAAGCAGUGGAUCCCCUACACCAAGUGGUAUGGGAGUGCACCAGCAGUCAACAGGCUGAGGGCCUACGGCUGCAUGGUGGUGUUUCAUCCAGCAGCUGACUGUGUCGAGGGAUGUGAAGUUCCUCGAGUCCUUGUACUACAAGGAGUGGAAGCAGCAGCAGCAGAAGCUUCCUACGACACCGCUGAUCAUUGA